AUGACGCACGCCAGCAGGGACAAUGGCUCCCCGAACCCUCACGGCGAGGACCGCGGUCUACUAGCAGCCGGCCACGACUUUGACGACGACGAAUACUUUGGCGUGGGCGACGACGAUGCCUUGAGCAGCGGCAGCGGAAGCGCGGACCUGACAAAGGGCGGCUCCGGCAAGGCCGAGGAUGCCAACGGAGGACAUACACCCCGGACGCCGGGCCGCGUGCGCUUCGACUUGACACCCGAGAUUGUCCCCGUCAGCAACGGCGAUGCAUUCGGCGGACAUGGAACGCGGCGCUCCGAGGACGAUGGAUACUUUGAUAUGGAGGAGGCGGCGAGCCCUGCGCGGGCGCAUCGCAUGCCGCUCCUGACGGGCAUUGAGGCGCCGAGCGUAACUGUCGCCAACUCGAUGGGCGACCCCGGGGAGCUGGCAGAGCAUGAGAUGAACCGACCAAAGUCAGGUCUAAAGUCGGCUUUUAUGAAUAUGGCCAACUCCAUCAUCGGCGCCGGUAUCAUCGGUCAGCCAUAUGCAGUGCGCCAGGCCGGUUUGGUAGGCGGCAUCCUGCUACUGGUCGGCUUGACGAUUGUGGUCGACUGGACUAUUUGUCUUAUCGUCAUCAACAGCAAGCUCAGCGGGACGAGCCACUUCCAGGGGACGGUCGAGCACUGCUUCGGACAGCCAGGCUUGAUCGCCAUCAGCGUCGCGCAGUGGGUUUUUGCAUUUGGCGGCAUGGUGGCGUACGGCGUCAUCGUGGGAGACACGAUCCCCCACGUGUUAAAGGCCAUAUGGCCAGACUUACCGAACGUCCCCGUGCUGGGCCUGCUUGCGAACCGGCAGGUGGCUAUAACGGUGUUUGUGCUGGGCAUUGGAUACCCGUUGACGUUGUAUCGGGAUAUUUCCAAGCUGGCAAAGGCGAGUACGUUUGCACUCGUCGGCAUGGUGGUCAUUGUCGUGACUGUGCUCGUGCAGGGUGUCUUGACGCCCGCGUCGGAGCGAGGGUCGUUUAGCCCUUCGCUUCUCCUCGUCAACGAUGGCUUCUUUCAAGCAAUUGGCGUUAUUUCAUUUGCAUUUGUCUGUCAUCACAACUCAUUACUCAUUUACGGGUCUCUCAAGACCCCUACCAUCGACAACUUUUCCCGAGUUACUCACUACUCUACUGGAGUGUCGAUGCUCUUCUGCCUUGUCCUUGCACUAGGCGGCUUCCUCACAUUUGGCGACAAGACGCUGGGCAAUGUUCUCAACAACUUUCCCGCCGACAGCACAAUGGUCAACGUGGCGCGUCUCUGCUUCGGCCUCAACAUGCUCACGACACUACCCCUCGAGGCGUUUGUGUGUCGUGAGGUGAUGCUGACCUACUUUUUCCCGGAUGAACCCUUCAACAUGAACCGGCAUCUGCUGUUUAGCACGAGUCUCGUGGUAGCGGCGCUGGUGCUGAGCUUGGUGACAUGUGAUCUGGGUGCCGUGUUUGAGCUGGUGGGCGCAACGAGCGCAGUAGCCAUGGCGUAUAUCCUACCACCCAUGUGCUACAUCAAGCUGACGACGCGGAGCUGGCGGACAUACAUGGCAUAUGCAGUCGUGGUAUUCGGAGUCGUCGUCAUGGUCAUCAGCGUGCUCCAGGCAGUGCAGAAGAUGAUAAGCAACAAGGACGGACCGGCGGUGUGCGCAUAA